CUUUUUCCUCUCCUUGACUCUUUUUUUUUUGAUUAAGCCAAACAAAAAGAAAAUACAAUGGGCCGUUCAAAUAAAGAGAGUGUGAAAAGUGAUGGUACCAGCAGCAGUGGCGAAGAAGAAGACGAAUAUGAAGUUGAAUGUCUCGUCAACCAUCGCAAAAUCAAAGAUAAUGGACGAGUAAGCGCUUAAUGUCAAUUCUUUUUUGACUCGAUUCUUAUACAUGUACACACAGGGAAAGAAAAAGAGAGAAGAACAUUCAAAGGUAGAAUUGAAAAUCGUUUCACUAAACUCUACUAGGACAAGCUCAUGUACUUGAUCAAGUGGAAGAAUUACAGCGAUGAAAACAACACGUGGGAAAAGGAGGAAGAUAUCUACUCUCAAGAAUUGAUAGAUGAUUAUUGGCGUCAACGUGGAGGCAAGAAGCCAGCCCGACAACAGCGUCAAAGACGAUCCAUCAGUGCAAAUGCGAACGUCAACAAAUCAUCACCACCGAAAACAACCUCUUCGCAAACAACGCGAAAAAGACGAUCCAUUACAUCACCCAAACAAGAUAUUCAAGGAGAUGCAGAAGAAUCCAGUAGUAGUAGUAGUAGUAGCAGUAGUAGUAGUGAAGAAGAAGAAGAAGAAGAAGAGGAAGAAGAGUUGAAUGACAACAGCACUGAAGAAGAACAAGUAACAAAAAGAAGUAAAAAUGAUCCCAAGUCGGCAACAGCAACGACAAGAAAGAGACCAAGCACGGGUAGCGUUGUCACGCGCAAUGUUUAUGACAGGCCGUUGGAAGGAUACAAGUGGUCAGAUGCGACCAAAGUCACGCAAGUGUAUGAGGAUACCGUGGGCAACUAUUUGGCCAGAAUUGUAUGGCCGAACGGUAAAGAAACCUAUCACAGUACGUUUCUGUUACGAACCACAGCGCCACAUCUCCUCUUGGAUUUCUAUGAAAGUCAUUUGAAGUUUGGAGAAAUUGACAAGAACAGUUUGGAGCAAGAAGAGCAGCGGGGGAAGUGAAUCAAGUAGCAGUUUGUAGUCGCCGUAGCAUCCUUACAUCCUUUUCUUCUUCUUUAUCACACAACAAUAGUAUCUCUUUGUCUCAAAUGAAUCAGAUUCAUACAAUAUGCACAACGUACCCGUACCAUAAUCCAAG